GAUUACACAAAUCUCUUUUAACAGAAGAUAUGCUUCAAUCUCAUCUAUUUAUAACUUAAUCUAUAGCUCAUUGUUUAUGAUAAUCCGUUUGUAUCAUAUCUUUCUUUUAGUAUAUUAAAUGUUUGGGGUUCUUUUAUCUUUUCUUGGAUGCUUUUGAUUUUUUGUUUAGGUUUUGCAGUAUAAUCCAAGUUGGAAGAAAGUGACAUGAGAUGGAAGAAGAGCAAAGCGAGUUUCGACACUGGGACGAACUACUUCCUGAUGUAUUGGGGCUGAUCUUCACUAACCUGUCGUUACAAGAGUUACUGACAAUCAUUCCCUGUGUCUGCAAAUCCUGGAGAAAGACAGUUAGCGAUCCCCAUUGUUGGCAAGAUAUAGAUCUUGACGAAUGGAGCUGUCGCUGGCAGCCCCACCAACUCGAUCGGAUGCUUCGAAUGCUAGUCACAAGAAGCAGUGGAUCUCUCCGCAACCUACAUGUUUCAGGUCUUAAGAAUGAUUCCAUUUUCUCAUUCAUCACAGAGAAUGCUGGCUUCCUUCAGGUUUUACGACUGCCGCAUGGUAAAAUAAGUGAUUCAAUAGUAGAACAAACCACCCCAAGGCUUUCCACAGUCACUUUCUUGGAUUUGAGUUACUGUCCCAAAAUUGGUGCCCAAGCUAUAGAGGCCAUUGGAAAGCACUGUAAGCUUCUUGUAACUCUGUGCCGCAACAUGUACUCUCCGGAUUCAGCAGGCAAGGUCGAACCGGAGGAUGAGGCGAAUGCAAUAGCAGCUACAAUGCCAAGGCUAAAGCAUCUUGAGUUGGGUUUUCAUCUUAUCAGCACUGAAUGUGUUCUCAAGAUCCUCUCUAGCUGUCCUCAGCUUGAGCAUUUGGUCAUAGAUGGUUGCCCCCAGGUGAAACUUGACCGUAAGUUCCUUAAAGAAAAGUACCCAAAGUUAAAGAUAGUGGGACCUCAUCUCGUGAAGGCUAGACCGGAUAAGCGCUUCAGCUUUGCAGUUCAACGUUAUCCAGUCACUGACUUCUUUUCUGGAACACUAUGGAGUAAAUUGAUAGAAUUGUGACGAUGGUGGAAUGUUGGGUUAGUAGGACAAGCUGCAUUGACACAAAAGAAGUGCAGGUUAAUAAAUUUUUUCAAGUUUAAUGGCUAAGGGUAUAUUUAAUAAACCAUUGAAAAUUUUUAUUUUACAGAAAAUAAAAAUUUUCAACAUUUAAUAUUUAAUUGUGUAUGAUAAUAAAAUUCUCUAAAUAAAAAGUGUUGAUUAUGAUAA